UACUUCUCUUUUCAGUUUUCACGGAGUAGUAAAAUCCUCGGACAGCUUUGUUCAGAGCGCUUUGUUUACUCAAAAGUCCAAAACCGUCUUCCUUCAUUCUCAGGCAGCUAAUCACUAUCAAAACUCUUCAUUUCUUGAAUGAACUCGCUCAAUCUUUUGUUCUUUACAAAGUAAGUCUCGCCACUUCCUUUUUUCUUUCCCUCCAAUUUGUUGGUUGAGACUGAUUUUAAGUUUCCAAUUCAACUUCUGGGUAGAUUUAUACUCGAAAAAUCAUGAAUUCCAAUUCAAAGAAACACCAAAAUUGUGAUAAACAAGGCAAUUGCAAAGAUAGGUUAAGUGAACUUCCAGAUGAAUUACUUGUCGACAUUCUAUCUUUUUUGCCAAUUAAAGAUGCUGUUAGAACUGUCUUACUUCGCCGAUUUGGUAACCUCUGGACAUUGGUUCGUACUAUUGAAUAUGAUUUCAAACUUGGCGGUCUGUUUAUGUGGAUGGUGAUGAAGUACCACAAAAGUCGCACAAUUGACAAGCUUGAAAUUCGGGAUAAAUGUGGACCAAUGAAAGAAGAGUUGAUGGAGUUGAUUAGUUUUGGUUUUAAAAAAAAGACCAAGGUAUUGGGUAUUCAUUAUUAUGAGCCUCGGCUUCACUAUAGUUUUUCUGUUCCCCCCCGUGUUGUUUGGAGAAAUCAAUUCAUUGUUUCACUUCAUCUUACUAAUGUGUACCUCGGCUUCACUCGUUAUAAUCAGAUUGAUAUGGUAUCACUCAAGAAAUUGGAACUUAAUUUUGUGCGUGUGAGUAAUGCGAGGAUCAAAAAUCUGUUAUCUGAAUUCCCUUGUUUACAAGAGUUGGUUAUUAAGUAUCCUUCUGAGUUACAAGCACUGGAUUUUGAUGCUCCGAACAUUGAGAAGUUGGAGCUUGAUCUUUGCUUGAAAAUAAGAAUGCCCGAUGGCUCGGGUAGGAGUCGUUACGACGAACGUUUCUCGCUUAAUUGCCCUAACUUGAAGGUAUUGCAUAUCAAUGAAGUAUGUUUGGAACUUCUGGAUUUGAUUGAUGUUUCAUCUGUUCGUGAAGCCAAAAUCAAAGAGUGCUGUUUGUCUCGCGACUAUGUUGAUUAUUUUAGAAAAUUGCGCAAGAAGUUUCGAAAUGCUAAGAUUAUCCAAUUGGGAAAUACAGCUUAUUUGGAACUGGGAAAAUGUGGUAGUGAGAAACUGGCUUUUCGAGAAAAUCAGUGGACUCGUUUAGCUUUGAGGCCUGUAAGCCAUGGAAGCUGUCUGCUAGGCAUCUGUAGAUCGCUGAUAAACUCACAGUGCUUGAAGGAACUUAUUAUAUAUGCACAUGUGGAAUUUUUCUGUGACUGCAAUAUGCUUCUGGAUGAGCUUUCUUCUCCAUGUGUGAUGCAGCAACUCAAAACUGUCAAAAUUCGUGAAUAUGAGAAACCUUGUCAAGUUCUUCUUCAGCUGAUAAAAUUUGUGCUCAAAAGUGCAGUCAUCUUGGAAAGAUUUGUUAUUGUCUGCAAAAAGAAGGAUGAACUUCAGUCAACAGAAGAAAAAGAUUUCAUUUUGCAGUUAUCAGGAUUGCCAAGGGUCUCACAGAAGGCAAAGUAUCAGUAAUAGUAAGGUUGAUGCCUGAAAUCGUCACAAUAAACGGCGGGCGAACGGCACGGAUAUCUUCAUCAACACCAUCGUGUUCAAAGGACAACCACCAAUUACCAUCAAGAUCUUUAAUAGUCAUCUUCCUCGACGUAUCGAAAGCUGUAUGUGUGAUCUCGUACCUGCUAGAGUAGCUCCAAAGGGGUAUGUAACCUUUGCUGUUAUAAGACUCUGUUUUUCCAGUAGCUAUAUCGCCGCUUGUUUCGUACCAUGGGUUGUAGAAUUUGACGGUAUUGCUAGAGCUGUUUGUGAUUUGGCAUAACCACACCCACCCCCAAGUUGGAAUACCAUGACUUUAGGGCUUCCUCUGUCGGGUUUUCGCCCAAAUGGGCUGGGCUGGGCUGGGAUUGGGUGUUCUUCUGAUUGGUACCUGGUAUCAGCCACCUCUAGGCUGCUGCUUGACAUUGUUAAUUAAGAUUUAAGAGGAUGUUUGUAAUUAAUUGCAAUUAAGCUGGAUAAUGAAGCUUUAAUUAA